UCAGCGGGUCAUUUCUUCCACCGCUGCGCCCAAGCUUUGGCCAUGGAAGCAGAGCGGUGGAGUGGAUGGUGGAGCUGUAGAGCUCACAGAAGCAACGCCCUUUUGGACCCAGACCCAGAUCCAUUCUCUCUGGAUCCAUUCUCUCUACCGCACUUGGAUCAAUGCCGGACACCAAAGAGGACACACGAACAUACACCGUCAGUGUGUGUACCGCCAGAGCACAAGACGGACUUCACCGCGAUCCCGACGGCUUGUCCCUGGGAAGAGUGCAGCCUGGAAUUUGCGAUUCCCGACCAGGAAGAUUUGCUGAGGAAAUUGCUGGGUGAUACGGUGCCAGAUAUUGUCACCAGCAGCUGCAGCAGCACGGCGAUUCCUUCCAUGGAAGCUGCGGUGGACGGCACUGUGGAUUCCUCGCAUGCGCCAACGAAGGACGAGGAGUUGUCAACAGCAAAUGAGUGGUGCGGCAAAUUCCAAUAACAGCCAUGGUACAAAAUCCAAUGUUCAGGCGCUCAAUAUGUACAUAGGAUUACAUAGCACACAGUCAAGCGGCACCUUACUGAAAUGAUCUGAAAC